CCUCAUAAAUAAAUGUUAGGGUUAGGGUUUUAAAAUUUUCCGAUUCAAAUUUCCAAUCAAGAACAAAAUCAACCGAGAUGAUCGAGGUAGUCUUAAACGACCGAUUAGGUAAGAAGGUAAGAGUGAAGUGCAACGACGACGACACGAUCGGCGACCUAAAGAAACUCGUCGCCGCGCAAACCGGAACUCGGGCUGAAAAGAUCCGGAUUCAGAAGUGGUACAAUGUUUACAAGGAUCAUAUUACACUCAGAGAUUACGAGAUUCAUGACGGCAUGGGCCUCGAGCUCUACUACAAUUAAUCAAUCAAGUAAUGCAGUUAUAUGGCAUGGUAUGAUGAAGGAGAAGGCUGCAUCACUAUCCUAGUAAUUUCCUACUGUUGGUUGUAAAUUGAUGUCUUGUUACGUUGCACAUAUACUUGACGACAAGAUGUGUAGUUUGUUAUGACGAUAAUUGCGUGGUUUUCUUGUGGUAAUAUAUGAUGAACGCCCUUUCAGUAAAA